AUGACGGGUCAAGCGCUGACGGUUCUCUCGUUGCUCUGCACACGGGCGUUGGUGAUACUCAGUGAGGCGGCGCCGUCCAUGUCGACUGCACGAUAUUUAAGCUCCGUUGCUGCAUCAACGGCCGCACUAUCUUCCAACGCACCUGACGCCAUGCUGCUGCGCUCUGCAAAUGAUUUUGUACAGCGGUUGGCCUCUCUGCUUCCGCUUCUUCGUACGGCGGAACCCCUCCAAGAAGAUGUGGCGAUUGGCAUUUUUCGCAUCGCCAAGAGUAAUGGUAGUGGAAAUAUUUCUCCGGCUUGUAUUGACAGCCUCUUGAAGGAGGUAGAUGAACGGCUUGUGGGACCUCAGUUCGCAAUGUGGAAACCGCAGACGGUUUUGGCGUCUCUUCAUGCCAUUGCCAUCGCUUCGCCAUCGGGGCCGUUGAAAAUGGUGGACACUCUUCUUUUUUGUGCGAAGGAGCAAAUCCCACAGCUCGAUGAGCGAAAAUCGGCCCGGUUACUGUGGUGUGUUGCCACGCUGCGGAAGGAAUCAGCGCACGCCACCUUGUGGAGGUUGUUGUGUGGACGUCUUAUUCGUUUUUCAAGGGUCUUAACCUCUUCCAGUCGUUCUUUGGUGGUUGAGGCGCUCAUUAUUGUCCAAGAGUGUACGUGUGAUGCACAGCAUGAGUUGCUGUGUGUUCUGCAUGAGAAUCGUCUCGCAGUCCAAGAAGGGGAGGCAUUUGACGGCGAGGAAGUGAUGAUGAUGGGGUAUGACUACCAGGCUCUCAAGGAGCGACUAUUGUCGGAUGUCCACCUGCUUUCUGUGGAUUCUAUUAUUCAUAUGCUUUCCCAGGCCUAUGGCACAUCCUCGGAUGGCUCAGACGAGGCAAACUACUUAAUUCAGCACCUUCUUUCUCGUCCCCUCAAGCCGGUGGUGUGCCGUGAGCUUCUGGAGCUUCUUGCAACGGUUGGGAAUAGUGAAGUUGCACAGUCACUUCGAAUGAAGGCCGUCGAAUGCAUCCGCGGUGAGUACGGCCAGGGUUCCUUUGGAAAGCACGAUCCCAUACGCGAUCUCGCUACCGUGAGCAUCGCUUUUGCGUUGGAGCGACAACAAACCCUUGCUGUGAGCGCAGGGACAAGAAUGCUUCUCGAGGAGCUUAUUGCGAGGUGCCAUGGCAUGAGUGAUGGUGUGUGGGAUCGCUAUAGUGGUCGAGUCACGGGGGUGCUGGCGGUGGCGCUGGAUGUGUUGGCAUCUUUUGUCCAGACAGGUAAGAAAUCACCGUCUCUCACCGGAAUUUAUCAUCAACUCGAGCAAUUCCCUGAAUCAUGGGAGCGAGGUUCUUCCCCCUCGGCGGUGAUCACAGAGUGUGCUGCUUGCGUCUGCAGCGCAUGUCAUUUGCUUCGUGUUUUUUCUUUGCUGAAGAGUCCAUUUUCGACAGCGGCGUCACCAUCUUCUGUAGAGACGACGACGUUAGGCGAUUGGAACGGCACCCAUGGAAGUCUUACAGAGGCGUUGCUGCGGCGUUGUACGGAUGUGUUUUCUCGGGAGGGCACGCUACUUCCCCGUGCUGUUGUGUUUGACAUGUGGCGAGCCUCCACUGGGGUUGAGGGGACAAGUUCCGCCGUCCUCCAGCCGCUCAUGGAGUUGCUAUUGAAUUACACGGAGAAGCAUCCUGCGGACUUCCCACUGCGAGAAGUUGCAAAGUUUUUUGGGACCGAUUGCCAUCGUUUUCCUGCGGAGGCCUUUGAACUUUUCGUGCGGUGCCUGAGGAAUGAGUCUGACAACGUCGUGUCAUCUCACCUGGACAUGUUGGUAUCGUCAAUGGAGGGUGUUGCGGCUCGAGGAGACAAGGCGCUGCUACAGCGGCUCCAGCUGAUGCUCUUUCUUCGCCCAAUUGGUCACGAAAAGGCACUCAUACAUGCCGUUUUAUUUAAAACGCCUCAACUGGUGCGAUUGUUCAACUGCUGCAACAGUGCAUCCGACCUGACAGCUUCCAUGCAGGCUACGCUGCUUGAGCUAAUGGUCAGUUCCUGCGGGCGCUGCACGACGAUGGAGGAGCUGAACACGGCGGCGUCGCUUCUCCCGCACAUUGAGCGUGGGUCACUGAAGGACGCGCUUGCGUGGGCGCUUGCGGCCAAUGCGCAGCGGAUGCAUCCAACGGUGACACCCGAUGUGCAGAAGGCGCUGUUGAUUGUAUAUCUUCAGAAAGGAGGUGUCGCUGUGGAAGAAGAUCUUCUGCAGGCGCUGAGACGUCGGGCUUAG